GCCUCCCUCUUCUUCCUGCACUGUGCGCUCCUCCUGGGCUUGGGCGUCUGGAGCGAGUCGCAGAGGCUAUCGCCUCCCAGACAGAGGACGGGUCACCUGGACGCGCGCCUGAGUCCGGGUGGCGUCGUUGCGGACGCAGUCACCGGGCACGGAUCGUAGGACUCUGUCGGUCUCGGAUUAAUCCCAGAGAGCCAGAGCCAACCUCUCCCGGUUAGAGAUACGACCCUCAGGGACCGCGAGAACUAUGCUGCUGGUGCUGCUGGCAGCGCUCUGCGCCGCAGGUGGGGCGCUGGAGGAAAAGAAAGUUUGCCAAGGCACAAGUAACAGGCUGACCCAACUGGGCACUUUUGAAGACCACUUUCUGAGCCUGCAGAGGAUGUUCAACAACUGUGAAGUGGUCCUUGGGAACUUGGAAAUUACCUAUGUGCAAAGAAAUUAUGACCUUUCCUUCUUGAAGACCAUCCAGGAGGUGGCUGGCUAUGUGCUCAUUGCCCUCAACACUGUGGAGAGGAUCCCUUUGGAGAACCUGCAGAUCAUCAGAGGAAAUGCUCUCUAUGAAAACACCUAUGCCUUAGCUGUCCUAUCCAACUAUGGGGCAAACAGAACUGGGCUUAGGGAACUGCCAAUGCGGAAUUUACAGGAAAUCCUGACUGGUGCUGUGCGAUUCAGCAACAACCCCAUCCUCUGCAACAUGGAGACUAUCCAGUGGAGGGACAUCGUCCAUGAUGUCUUUCUGAGCAACAUGUCAAUGGACUUACAGAGCCAUCUGAGCAGCUGCCCAAAAUGUGAUCCAAGCUGUCCCAAUGGAAGCUGCUGGGGAGGAGGAGAGGAAAACUGCCAGAAAUUGACCAAAAUCAUCUGUGCCCAGCAAUGUUCCCGACGUUGUCGUGGUAGGUCCCCCAGUGACUGCUGCCACAACCAGUGUGCCGCAGGGUGUACGGGGCCCCGAGAGAGUGACUGUCUGGUCUGCCACAGGUUCCGAGAUGAAGCCACAUGCAAAGACACCUGCCCACCACUCAUGUUGUACAACCCCACCACGUAUCAGAUGGAUGUCAACCCUGAGGGGAAGUACAGCUUUGGUGCCACCUGUGUGAAGAAGUGCCCCCGAAACUACGUGGUGACAGAUCACGGCUCAUGUGUCCGGGCCUGUGGGCCUGACUACUACGAAGUGGAAGAAGAUGGCGUCAGCAAGUGUAAAAAAUGUGAUGGGCCCUGUCGCAAAGUUUGUAAUGGCAUAGGCAUUGGUGAAUUUAAAGACACACUCUCCAUAAACGCUACAAACAUCAAACACUUCAAAUACUGCACUGCCAUCAGCGGAGACCUUCACAUCCUGCCCGUGGCCUUUAAGGGGGAUUCUUUCACUCGCACUCCUCCUCUAGACCCACGGGAACUAGAAAUUUUAAAAACUGUAAAGGAAAUAACAGGGUUUUUGCUGAUUCAGGCUUGGCCUGAAAACUGGACUGACCUCCAUGUUUUUGAGAACCUAGAAAUAAUACGUGGCAGAACAAGGCAACAUGGUCAGUUUUCCCUGGCAGUUGUUGGCCUGAACAUAACAUCACUGGGGUUGCGUUCCCUCAAGGAGAUCAGUGAUGGCGAUGUGAUCAUUUCCGGAAACCGAAAUUUGUGCUACGCAAACACAAUAAACUGGAAAAAACUCUUUGGGACGCCCAAUCAGAAAACCAAAAUCAUGAACAACAGAGCUGAGAAAGACUGCAAUGUGCUGGACCAGGUCUUCAAGGAUGUGAACCACCAAUUGGACUUGACCUUGGUGAGACAGCAAGUUAAUGAAUUCCUGGGGUUUAAGGAUACCAUGGGGCAACAGUCACAGCAAUGGCCAAAGAUCCCAUCUAUUGCCACUGGGAUCGUGGGUGGCCUCCUCUUCAUAGUGGUGGUGGCCCUUGGGAUCGGCCUGUUCAUGCGAAGGCGUCACAUUGUCCGAAAGCGUACCCUGCGCCGCCUGCUUCAGGAGAGAGAGCUCGUGGAGCCUCUUACACCCAGCGGAGAAGCUCCGAACCAAGCGCUCUUGAGGAUAUUAAAGGAAACAGAAUUCAAAAAGAUCAAAGUUCUGGGUUCGGGAGCAUUUGGCACAGUGUAUAAGGGUCUCUGGAUCCCAGAAGGUGAAAAAGUGAAAAUCCCUGUGGCCAUCAAGGAGUUAAGAGAAGCCACAUCUCCAAAAGCCAACAAGGAAAUCCUUGACGAAGCCUAUGUGAUGGCCAGUGUGGACAACCCUCAUGUAUGCCGCCUGCUGGGUAUCUGUCUGACCUCCACUGUCCAACUCAUUACACAGCUCAUGCCCUAUGGUUGCCUCCUGGACUAUGUCCGAGAACACAAGGACAACAUUGGCUCCCAGUACCUACUCAACUGGUGUGUGCAGAUUGCAAAGGGCAUGAACUAUCUAGAAGACCGGCGUUUGGUGCACCGUGACUUGGCAGCCAGGAAUGUACUGGUAAAGACACCACAGCAUGUCAAGAUCACAGACUUUGGGCUGGCCAAACUGCUAGGUGCUGAGGAGAAAGAAUACCAUGCAGAGGGGGGCAAAGUGCCUAUCAAGUGGAUGGCUUUGGAAUCAAUUUUACACCGAAUUUAUACACACCAAAGCGAUGUCUGGAGCUAUGGAGUCACCGUGUGGGAACUGAUGACCUUUGGGUCCAAACCUUAUGAUGGGAUCCCUGCAAGUGAGAUCUCAUCCAUCCUAGAGAAAGGAGAGCGCCUUCCACAGCCACCUAUCUGUACUAUCGAUGUCUACAUGAUCAUGGUCAAGUGCUGGAUGAUAGAUGCUGAUAGCCGCCCAAAGUUCCGAGAGUUGAUCAUUGAGUUCUCCAAAAUGGCCCGAGACCCACAACGCUACCUUGUUAUCCAGGGGGAUGAAAGAAUGCAUUUGCCGAGCCCUACAGACUCCAACUUUUACCGAGCCCUGAUGGAUGAAGAGGACAUGGAAGAUGUGGUUGAUGCUGACGAGUACCUUAUCCCACAGCAAGGCUUCUUCAGCAGCCCGUCCACAUCACGGACUCCCCUCCUGAGUUCUCUGAGUGCAACUAGCAACAAUUCCACUGUGGCUUGCAUUAAUAGAAAUGGGAGCUGCCGUAUCAGAGAAGACAUCUUUUUGCAGAGGUACAGCUCCGACCCCACCGGUGUUCUAACAGAGGACAACUUAGAUGACACAUUCCUGCCUGUACCUGAAUAUAUAAACCAAUCUGUUCCCAAGAGGCCAGCAGGCUCUGUGCAGAACCCUGUCUAUCACAAUCAGCCUCUGCAUCCAGCUCCUGGAAGAGACCUGCAUUAUCAAAAUCCCCACAGCAAUGCGGUGGGUAACCCUGAGUAUCUCAACACUGCCCAACCUACCUGUCUCAGUAGUGGGUUUAAUAGCCCUGCCCUCUGGAUCCAGAAAGGUAGCCACCAAAUGAGUCUGGACAACCCUGACUAUCAGCAGGACUUUUUCCCCAAGGAAGCCAAGCCAAAUGGCAUCUUUAAGGGCCCCGCAGCUGAAAAUGCAGAGUACCUACGGGUGGCACCUCCAAGCAGUGAGUUUAUCGGAGCAUGACAUGAAGGGGCAUCAUACCUGCUAUAAAACGUCUGGACUUUCCAGAAGCACAGGACCAAGCCAUGGCAGCACCUUCACUCCUGACAGCCAUGCCCACUUUGUGUCAAAUGUCAAACCCUCAGACUGGUUUUAAAGCAUAACUCUGAUGGGCUUUGUCACUGAGCCAAGAAGUGGGCCCCUCCCCUGAUGCACUUUGGGAAGUUGAAGGUACAUCUAUUGAUCUUCAAACUGUGAAGAUUCUACAAAAAGGUUUCCUCAUGGUGAGGUACAUAGGGGAAAAAAAAAACUUGAGGGUUUCCUCAAGUUUGCCUCAUGGUGAGGUACAUAGGGGAAAAAAAAAACAACAUAUGGAGUUUAUUGCAUAGGGAACUUUGGGAUUCUUGUUGUCUUUAUUGAUUUGAAUAAUAAGCUCUUCCAAGAAGGGAGACGCUUGCUUGUAGUCUCUGUUACACAGAGUUGCCUAGAGCCAACUGACCAGAUAGUUGGUUCCACCAUCCCGGCAUCAAGACACUUCCGUGGCGAGACAACUAACAAGAAGUCCUGGGUGCCCUGAGCAGGCCACACUUGUACAGCAUUAAACCAUGGCAGGUACAAUAGGAUAAGCCACUUUGUUACUUACUGGGGCUGGGAGAAGAAUAAUGGAGUAGAAUUUUCCCUCAAACUUACUUUUUGUAUAAAUAUGUCCCUGGCACUUAACACAUGCUAGUUUACCAGUGUUUUCUGACUAUUAGACCUCCUUCUGUGUUUUCUGUUUCAUUGUUUUGAGAUGUAAAUAUGCUUUCCUGUCUUCAUUUCAUGAAGUAAACAGACAUCAAAAAUCCCAGUAUUAUGUAAUAUCAAAGAACAAUAAUGAUUCCACAUUUGAACCCAUUCGAGCCAUCAGUACUGUAACCAAAAGCCUUUAACUAAGAAGGAGUAAUCUUGCAAAAAUUCAUAGAGGAAUUAAACCCAAAAUUUUAGUCUCAGCAUUGUGUCUGCUGAGGCGUGUGUACAAGACUACAGAAGUGAAGCUGCUCUUCAAAUCCACUUUGCCUUUACCCCUCUACACCCUAAAACUAGUGUAAAUCACACAUGGAGGAUAAAUCUUUUUAAUUUUAAGAGUGUUUACUGAAAAUAUGUUUUACUCCCUGGUAAGCUGCCACCAAACAUUUUCUUUCCCAUUUAGAAAAAUGACCUAGGAGUCUGUGUAAUAAGUGGCAGCCCGUGGUAGGCUUGGUGUGCAGAGUCCAAGAAAGGAGAUGUUAAGAACAGAGUGGAAUUCAGUAUCUGUUUCAAAGUGGCAUGAUGACAGUGUUCCCAAGGAUGCUUGUGGGGGACGGGGGAGUGCUCCCAUGGAUACUUGCAGGGGGGAGGGGAUUCAACACCAAGUGCUCUCACAAUCAUCAAUGCAUCCGGGUACCCAAGAUCUCCUUACAGCCCAAUCAGUUAAUAGUCAUCUUUGAAAACCAAUAUUGUAAUGAUCUUAGGAUCCAUCCCCUCCCAUAACAUAAACCCUAACCAUAAACACUAACCAUAAGGCAAAAUGAUGAGUGUCAGAUAAGACAUAUCAGCCAAGCACCAAGAGCACAGAGAAGUGCAUUCUGUUGGAGAGAUCUAGAAAGUUCACAAAGGAGACAAGAUUGCCCACUAUCUUCUAAGAUCUAAAGGUCAUAAACAUCAGGGAAAUGGAAAGUGCGUUUUCUUAGAGCAGUGGUCCUCAACCUUCCUAAUGCUAUGA